AUGAAUACUCGGCAACUACAACAGAUUAUGAACUCUGACACGUGCUUACGUCAACAUACACACGCCGUGUAUGCAUCGGAUGAGAUACCAGAACGUGUUGUGCAAAGACCAGCCUUUUUCAUCGUGAAUACCCAAGCAAGUUCAUUGAGGGGACAACACUGGUGCGCCUUCUCAUUCUUCAAUAAAACUGAACCCGCCGAAUUUUUCGAUUCAAUGGGACAAUCACCUGAAUAUUACAACCAAGCAUUCCUGAAUGUUCUUGUCGAUAACAGCAAACAUUUCAUUUAUAAUAACACCAGGAUUCAAGGCAAAGACCUGACAUGUGGACAGCACUGUGCUUACUAUCUAAAUAAACGGUGCAGAGACAACACUAUGAGAUGCAUCGUGAAUUCAUUUUCAAAAUAUAAUUUGAAAGAAAAUGAUGUCUAUGUGAAAGAAUUUGUAAAUCGCAUGUAUGGUAAUGUUGUGAACGAAUUUUACUGAUAUCAAAUAAAUAUAUGAUGUAACGAUAA